UGCGCGGCAGCACUCCCAAUCUUCCCAACCGAAUGAGCUCGGACGACGAGGUCGAGAUCAUCACGCCGAGCAAGGCCAGCCGGCGCCGGAUCACCGAGGACGACGAGGUCGUCGCAAGCAGCAUGGCCGCGUCGCUACCCGCGCCGAUCAUGGCGAAGCGGCGCCGGAUCACCGAGUACGACUCGGACGUCCCCGGCGACUCGCCCGACGCCCCGUCCAGCGGGGCGAAGCGCAAGGCCCUCGUUGUCCUCGACUCAGACUCGGACGAUGACAAGCCUGCGACCGAGAUCGACUCGGAAGAAGAAAAGCCAGCGCCCCCGCCCCGGCGCCAGUCGCUCAUGUCUUCAACACCGCGCCGAUCGUCUCGCCGGCUCUCGACCACACCCAAGAAGAAGAAGCUGACCUUUGCGACGCUCAACACGUGUUUGAAGACGGCGUCGUCCGAGGAUGAGGAGGCUUUUGUUGCAGCGUCCGACUCGGCUGGCGACGGCAACGCCAGCGCGGAAGACGACGACUUCAUUGUCGGUGACAACCACAUCGAGUACAUGAACGACGACGAAGUAGCAACGACCAACGGCAUCGACGAAAACAACGAAGAGCACGUCUACAGCGAAGAAGAAGACUUUGAGGCCUACCGCGCUGCGCACAAGUCCCGCGACCGCGACGAGUGGUUUUCCAUCUACAUGGACUACUUGGAGAACUGCAUGAUGGAUCCGACGUUCGAAGCCAACAACCGCGACAAGAUCUUUCUCGAGGCCGAGAAGCAUGUGGAGCGGGCGCUGUGCCAGCGGCGAGACAGCCUCCGGGGCUUGGUCAAGUGGCCAGACGAUCUCGUCGAGGCAAUCGAGCACUACCCGUCACUGAGCCACGUUCCGUGCCAGUAUUCCUCCACUUGCGAAGCUUGCGACCGCUCCGAGCACCUCGCGUCCAUGCAAGUUCGCUUCUCGGGCAUGCGCUGUGGCGCUUCCGGGCUCUACAAGAAGGGCUGGUCGACCCACCUCCAAGCAUGUCGGAAGGAGCAAAGUAUGCACAAGAUUCUCUUCAUGCUUGGCAGUGUGUGCUUCAACCGGGUUUUGCUCUACUGGAGCCUCCAUCAAGCCAAGUUUCAGUGGUGCGAGCUCAUCUUGCGCAUGAUCAAAUCCGCCAACGGGAAGAAGCCGUCGGAAGCCGCUCGCAAAAGCUUGCACGCUCGCGAGUUUCGGCGGCUCAAAGAACUCGAAAACCUUGUCGACAACUUUGGCGAGGGCAACCAUCGGAGCAAAGGCCAAGCGAUCCGCAACGUGUGGAAAAGCGCAUCCCAAGCGAGCGAUGAACGUAUCGAGUCGCGUCCCGGUCACAUUAGCCGCUUCUUUGAACCGAGCGACGCCCGCCAAGAGCUCAGUGACGACGAGGUCCAACCCGCAGCGCGCGCAAACGAUGACGCCAACACGGAAACCGAGGACGAAGACGACGAUGUGCAAGUCGUCCGCAAGACCCGCGGCCCUUUGCACGUGUCCGACGACAACAGUACGCAAGAGGACGACGUCGUCCAGGUCGCUCGGAUGCCCGCAGUGCCGCGAGAGGCCGCGAGCAGCAUCGAGAGCGGGUAUGACGGCGAGAGAAGCAACGUCAUUGUGGUGAGCAGCGGGCGCUGCGAAGAUGACGAGGACGAUGAAGACGAAGAAGAGACAAAGCACGACGAGUUUGGCGACGACGACGAGCUCGUGGGCGAGAGCGACGACGACAACGACGUCGAGCCGGCGGGUGGUGUCGAGAAGAGUGCCUUGUGUCUUCUCUGCCAAGCUCGACCGCGCACGGCGGGCAUGGCGCACGGCUACUACAUCCAUAUCUACUGCUGCUUUGAGUGCGGCAAAAAGGUGUUUCGAGAGCAGAAGGUUUGCCACGUGUGCACGCGGCCGAUCGACCGAGUCAUGCAUCUGCUCCCGCUGAGCACCCAGGCCGAAACGUGGAUCCGCAAUUCGACCCAGACGCCCUCCGUUGAAUAGAUGGCCUGCAGCCACUGUGUCAUUUCUGUGCACAGAAUUGUCUUUAA